CAAAGAGAGUACCACAUUGUGGUUCUGGGUUCGGGUGGCGUCGGAAAGAGCUGUUUGACUGCGCAAUUCGUACAAAACGUAUGGAUCGAAAGCUAUGAUCCUACUAUUGAAGAUUCAUACCGGAAAGCUAUCGACGUCGACGGUCGAAAUGUCAUACUUGAAAUCUUGGAUACCGCCGGAACAGAGCAAUUCACCGCCAUGAGGGAGCUAUAUAUGAAAAGUGGACAGGGAUUCCUUCUCGUGUUUAGCAUCACAUCCAUGUCGUCGCUCCAAGAGCUUGCCGAAUUGCGCGAACAGAUCAUCCGUAUCAAAGAGGAUACCCGCAUUCCCAUAGUGCUUGUGGGCAACAAAUCCGAUCUAGAGGAUGAUCGGGCAGUGUCGCGCCCAAGGGCGUUUGCAGUCUCCCAGAGCUGGGGUAACUGCCCAUAUUACGAGACAAGUGCACGGCGACGUGCUAAUGUUGACGAAGUCUUUGUGGAUCUCUGCAGGCAGAUC